AUGCCAGGCACCGCCCCAUCCACCCGACCACCUCGCCCACCACGAUCAUCCCUCCGUUCAACACCAGCGGCAGCGCCAACAUCCUCCCUCCCGCCCGCCAGGAAAAGCAAACCUCUAAUCUACGCCGUGGGCAUUGCCGCCAUCGUCGCAUCCGGCGCCAUCGUCGGUGCCAUUCUCAAGAUCGAGCGGCAGAACGCAUCCGCACAAACCAGGCGAGACGAAUAUUACCAGCAACAAGGAGCAGCAGGACCGACGGCGGCGACGGAGCUCGACUACCGCAAGGCGAUCGAGAGCCUGGAGACGCGGCGCGGGCAGCUCCUCGCGGAGAAACUGCAGUUCGAGAGGAAGAUCUUUACGCUGCGGGAGGGCCAGAAGAGGAGGAAGCUGAUUGAGGAGGAGCAUGAGGCGGCGAAGCUGCAGAGAGAUACAGCAAGCGCCGCCGCGGUGGCGGAGCAGCCCAGUAAUGGCCUCGGAGAAGGGCUGAAGCAAGUGGAUGUCCCGAGCUCUGCACGGGCGGAUGUUCUUCGGAUGGGCCGGGAGACCGCACCGCAUCGCACUGUACGUGGUGAAGUCGAGUCGACCCGGCGCAAUCGACGCCCCCCAGCUCAGUCGACGGACCAGAGGUUUUGCCAAUACUCCAUCCGAUCAGUCCUACCGUUGUUGCCCGGUGCUAAACACGGCCCUGGUCAUCCUCGCCGCUUGGAUAUCUACCCCAGGGCAUGA